AUGGCGGCGCUGGGGCUGCUGCUGCAGGCGGCCGCGGCCUGCGGCACGGCCGGGCCGCUGCGCCUCUGCCCCCGCUACCGCGGCGCCCGGGGGCUCUGCACCCGCCUGCCGGCGCCGCUCAGCCCCGAGGAGGCCAGGCAGGAGGAGGAGCCGGGCGCCGAGGAGGACGCCGCCGCCGCCAUGGUGAAGGAUUCCAGAGACUUACUAAAGGAAUUUCCACAGCCUAAAAACUUGCUCAACAGUGUGAUUGGACGAGCCCUGGGCAUUUCUCAUGCGAGGGACAAGCUGGUGUACAUCCAUACUAAUGGGCCAAGGAAAAAGAAAGUCACUCUGCAUAUAAAGUGGCCCAAGAACGUGGAAGUGGAAGGCUAUGGGACCAAGAAGAUUGAUGCCGAGAGGCAGGCAGCAGCUGCAGCGUGUCAGCUCUUCAAGGGCUGGGGUCUGCUGGGCCCCAGGAAUGAGCUGUUUGAUGCUGCCAAGUACCGGCUGCUGGCCGAGCAGCUGGGCUGUCCUGACGAGAGGUGGUGCUCCGAGGGCAAGUGGCGCUCCAAGUCCGGCCCUUCCCUCGCCGACCUGUCGACCUGCUGGCGCCGGAUGGAGCCCGACGAUUCCAUCCAGCCCAUGGAGCAGGGCAGGAUGCCUAAAGCCAUGAGGAGAGAGGAGCUGGAGGAAGGGGAGCUAGAGGAAGGGGAACUGGAGGAAGGAGAGCUGGAGGAAGAAGCGAUCGACGUUUCUGAUUAUCUGCCUAUGGCCCAUCAGGAUGCUCGGACCCCGGGCAGAGAUGCAAGCCGAGGAGGGAGCUCCAUUGAAAUGACAGAUGACAACACUGCCAUCCGUGCCCUGACACAGUUCCCCCUCCCCAAAAACCUCCUGGCCCAAGUGAUUCAGAUUGCAACCUCUUCCUCCACAGUCAAGGAAUACAUGCAGUUCCGCACAGUGGGCACCAAGACCAAGAUCUGCAAACUCACGCUCCGCUGGCCCUGCCCCAUGACUUUUGCUGCCAAGGGCCGGCGCAAGGUGGAGGCAGAAAACAAAGCAGCAGCACUGGCCUGUCAGAAGCUUAAGAGCCUGGGCUUGGUGGACAAGAACAACAACCCCCUCAGCCACGCCAUGUACAACAUGACGUCUCUGCGGGAGCUGGGUGAGAACCAGAGGAAGCCCUGUCACAUCAAGGUCCCCGAAGCCACCCUGCGCAAGAUCGAGAACUACCUGAACCACUAUCCAGUGGACAUCAGGGAAUCCAGGCCCCGGAUUGCUGAUGACAUGAUGAACCUGAGCAAGGAAUCUGGCGCCAUCAGCGAUGCCAUCACGGGCAAGACGUACAUCCCCAUGUUGGAGGCGGAGGAAGUGCGCCUUAGCCAGAACCUCCUGGCCCUCUGGAAGAGGAGAGGAUCCUCGUGGCAGGAGAGCCACCCGCUGCCAGUAGAUCCCCACAAGGACACCAUCCUGUCAGCCAUCGAGCAGAACCCUGUGGUGGUGAUAGCGGGAGACACGGGCUGUGGGAAAACCACGAGGAUCCCUCAGCUGCUGCUGGAACACUACAUCCUGGAGGGCCGCGGCGCCCGCUGCAACGUGGUGAUCACGCAGCCCAGGAGGAUCAGCGCCAUCUCGGUCGCGCAGCGCGUGGCGCAGGAGCUGGGGCCCAACAUGAGGAAGAACGUGGGCUACCAGGUGCGGCUGGAGAGCAAGCCGCCGGCCCGGGGGGGAGCCCUGCUCUUCUGCACCGUGGGCAUCCUGCUGCGCAAGCUGCAGGGGAACCCCAGCCUGGAGGGCGUCAGCCACGUCGUGGUCGACGAAGUGCACGAGCGAGACGUCAACACGGAUUUCCUGCUCAUCCUGCUGAAGGGCAUCCAGAAGCUGAACCCCGACCUGCGCCUGGUGCUCAUGAGCGCCACGGGAGACAACCAGCGCUUCUCGCAUUACUUUGGGGACUGCCCCGUGGUCAAGGUGCCGGGCUUCAUGUACCCGGUGAAGGAGUACUACCUGGAGGAGAUCUUGGCCAAGCUGGGCCGGCACCGGCACCGGCACUACGAGAUCAAGCAAUCAGAUGAUGAAUGUGUCCUUGAUCUCGAUCUGAUCACCGAUCUUGUACUCCAGAUUGAUGCCCAUGGAGAGCCAGGUGGGAUCCUCUGCUUCCUCCCUGGCUGGCAGGAAAUCAAGGGAGUGCAGCAGCGCCUGCUGGAGAUGCUGGGGUCUCAGAACAGCCGGUACCUCGUCUUGCCAGUGCACUCCAACAUCCCUAUGAUGGACCAGCAAAACAUCUUCCAGAGGCCUCCCCCCGGCGUCAGGAAGAUCGUCCUGGCCACCAACAUCGCCGAGACGUCCAUCACCAUCAAUGACAUCGUGCACGUGGUGGACAGCGGCACCCACAAGGAGGAACGCUACGACCUGAAGACCAAGGUGUCCUGCCUGGAGACAGUGUGGGUGUCCAAGUCCAACGUGGUGCAGAGGCGAGGCCGCGCCGGCCGCUGCCAGUCGGGCUUUGCCUAUCACCUCUUCCCUCGCAGCCGCCUGGACAAGAUGCCGACGUACCAGGUCCCAGAGAUCCUGCGCACCCCGCUGGAGAACCUGGUGGUUCAGGCCAAGAUCCACAUGCCAGAGAAAACAGCAGUAGAAUUUCUCUCCAAGGCUCUGGACAGCCCUGACAUCAAAGCUGUGGAUGAAGCUGUGAUCCUGCUGCAGGAGAUUGGGGUGCUGGACCAGCGAGAAGCGCUCACCACUCUGGGCAAGCGCCUCGCCCAGAUCUCCACAGACCCCCGGCUGGCCAAGGCCAUCGUCCUGGCCUCCAUCUACCGUUGCCUGCACCCCCUGCUGGUCAUCGUUUCCUGCCUCACGCGGGACCCCUUCAGCAGCAGCCUGCAGAACCGGGCCGAGGUGGACAAGGCCAAGGCCGUUCUGAGCCGGGAGAGCGGCAGCGACCACCUGGCGUUCGUCAGGGCCGUGGCGGGCUGGGAGGAGGUGCUGCGGCGCAGAGACAGCCGCGCCAGGGACAACUACCUGCAGGACUACUACCUGUACGGCCCCAGCCUCCGCUUCAUCAACGGCCUCGUCAAGCAGUUCUCUGAGAACCUCUACGAAGCCUUCCUGGUGUCAUCCCCGUCUGACUGUACCAUGCCCUCCUCUGUAUGUAACCAGUACAGUGAAGAGGAAGAGCUUGUGAAAGGAGUCCUGAUGGCUGGGCUCUACCCCAACCUCAUCCAGGUGAGACAAGGCAAAGUGACCCGCCAGGGCAAGUUCAAACCCAACAGCUACGCUUACCGGACAAAGGCCGGCACGGUGCUGCUGCACAAAUCCACCAUCAACAGGGAGGCCUCCAAGCUCUACAGCCGCUGGCUCACCUACUUCAUGGCCGUCAAGUCCAACGGCGGCGUGUUCGUGCGGGACUCGUCGCAGGUGCACCCGCUGGCCGUGCUGCUCAUGACCGACACCGACAUCCACGUGCGAGACGACGGCUGGCGAGCGACGGUGUCCCUGACGGACAGCGACCUGCUGGUGCUGGAGGGAGACUCCUACACCAUCCGCCUGCUGCGCGACUUCCGCGUGUCGCUGUCCAAGAUGGUGGAGACGUGCCUGUGCUACGAGCUGGCGGCCAUCCCCGGGGACCUGCACCACCAGCACAGCCAGCUGCUCGACAUCCUGGUGGAUCUGCUCAAAGGGCCUCCCGGCAGCUUCGGCGCUUAGGCGCGGCCCGAGGCUCCUCUGUGGGGACUUGUAAUUUGUAUAAAGAUGUUCACAAAUGUUUAUUUAAAUAAAAGUUCUAUUUAUCCCUUGUGAAGUCAUCUCUCUCCAUCCCAGAAGAUUAAUGUUGUCUGAAUCUCCUGCUGUCGGCUCCGUGCAUGGUCACCGCGUAGGAAGAGCCAGCGCCAGAGCCAGCGCCGCCGGGACGCGCCGCCGCCGCCCACGGCCCCCCACGCCAGGCCAGGACCCGGGAUGUGCCGCCCCCUCCCCACGGGGCCCGGAGCUGCUCCCGCAGGACAGAGCCCCCCACGCACGGACGGACGCACGGACGGACCCACGGCCGCGGCGCCGCUCCCGCGGGCCGGGCAGAGCGCAGGGGCCCAUCGCCGGCCCGGGGCCGUGCCAGCCCUGGGAGCUGGGACUCGGGGCUCAGCCGCCUGUACUGUUUGUCCUCUUGAGUCCUCCUCACGGUUUGUUUUGCUUGUUGUCCCGAGGCCGAGGAGCCGCCCCCCGGCAGCAGAGCUGCGGCGCUGCCCCUGAGCGUGUCCUGCGGGAAGCCGGCAGCGCAGCCACCGCGUCCUUUGUGUCGUGUGAGCAGGGACCACGUUGCCGUGGAAGGACGGGCACAGGAGCAGCCUCCAGCCGCGGGGCUGGAGUUUCAUCCCUGCUUUGCCUCGGGUUCCCUGGCCAAGGCAGACAGUGACCUACCUCACAGGGCUGUUGUGAGGCUUCGUUGGCGUUGGUGAGGCAGCCGAGGCGGGGGCAGGGGUCCUGCGUGGGGCCGGAGCAGCCCUCCCCCAGCAGCCAGCCCGGGCAGCCUUUGUUUUUAUUCACCGUUUCUUAUGCUCUUUGUAUCUGGAAUGGAGGGGAGGGAGGUUUGUCAGAAGGGGCUGGGAGCCACGGCACAGGGGCUGCAGCCGCCUCCCGCUGCCCCCGGUUGUUCUUUACUGAGAUUUCAUUUACUUGCCAUGGGCUUUAGCGGCCGGAGCCCCGAGGCAGGGGAAGGGGCUGGGGCCGUGCAGGAGCCACCGGGGCCGACGGGGAGGAGCUCAGCCCUUCGCAUCUUCAUUUCACUUGCUUGAGGUCGUCACUAUUAUUUGAGCAGUGUUGGUUUUUUGGCCUGUCUAAGGGGCAGUAUUCGGGGGUUCCCUUCCAGCAGGUUUAAAAAAAAAAGAAUUAAAAAAGGAACAAAAAAAAAGGACAAAACAAAAGACAAAAAAAAAAGACUUAAGCUAUUGUGUAAAUGGUUCAGAGCUCGUGUGAUCUUGGGAUACUCCGUGGCUGUUAUGUGAUACUGGAUCUUUUUACAACAUAGAGACAAUAAAAAGGGAUAGAGUAGUAA